UGCCCCGUAGCCACCACCUGCUCUGCUCGAGGUCGAUCGAGGCCGGCCGGCCGGUUCAUCAGUUGGUGCCGCUGGUGUCAAGCUGCUAGCUAGCCUUGAGAAGGCGCGAGCCUAGCUAGCUAUCCGGUGGUUGCUAUCGAUCGAUCGAUCGAGAUCGGGCCGGUGCAGUGCCAGAGCCGGCUCCGGCGGGCGGCCAUGGGGAGGUCUCCUUGCUGCGACGAGAAUGGCCUCAAGAAGGGGCCCUGGACUCAAGAGGAAGAUGAGAAGCUGCUGCACUACAUCCAGAAGAACGGACAUGGCAGCUGGAGGACCCUGCCCAGGCUGGCCGGUCUGAACAGGUGCGGCAAGAGCUGCCGGCUGCGUUGGACCAACUACCUGCGUCCGGACAUCAAGCGUGGCAAGUUCUCGCAGGAGGAGGAGCAGACCAUCCUGCACCUGCACUCCGUCCUGGGCAACAAGUGGUCCGCCAUCGCCACCCACCUCCCCGGCCGCACCGACAACGAGAUCAAAAACUUCUGGAACACCCACCUCAAGAAGCGCCUCAUCCAGAUGGGCUUCGACCCCAUGACGCACCGCCCGCGCACCGACUUCUUCGCCGCGCUGCCGCAGCUCAUCGCGCUCGCCGCACUCCGCCAACACCUCCAGCUCGGCGACCAGCAGCAGGCCGCCAAGCUCCAGUACCUGCAGUCCCUCCUCCAGUCCGCGGCCACCACCAUCUCCUCCUCCGACACCGAGGCGCCGGCUCUCGGUCUCGGCGCCAUCUGCUGCUCACCGCCGCAACUGACGACCACGCCGCUUGACAGUUGUACUGCCCCGGUGUCGUCGUCUCUAUUACCGUGCACGUUCCCCGAGGCGGCGCCGCCCGUCAGCAGCGAAGAAGAUGAAGCCAAUAACCACCAGCAGCAGCAAACAGCAGGCCUCAGCAGCAGCUAUGGCGGCCUCGGCAGCGCUGAUGACGUGUUCGCGUGCCACGGUGGCAGCUCAUCGUCAUCGCUGCCGCCCCUGACCGACCUCUCCGACGCGCACGCGGGCAGCCUGCUGCAGGUGGACGGCAGCAUGCGCAGCGCCACCGCGUCGUCCAGCUUCGGUGGCGGCUCCAGCUGCAGCCCGCUCCCUUGGCCGGAGUUGUUCUUCCCCGACGACGACCCUUUCAUCACUGAUUUCCUAUGACAUAUAUCACUGCGCGCAUUAUCAUACUAUACAUAUAUUUGCUUGUGCAAGCAUAUACAAUAUACGCUGAUCUACUUCCUCUGAAUUUUGUAAGCUUUGCCUACACACAUAUAUACAUAUAUGUAUACAUACGUGCAUGCCUUUCAGUACAUAUAUGGAGUACUAGCUGUGCCGGCUGUGCUCCAUAUGAUAUUCUGAUAGCAUGACACAUUAAUUCAAACAUCAGAGUAUAUAAUUAAACAGAGACGAGGAGUGUCAAGUGUUCAUGCCAUGAGAAUAAUACACAUAUAUAUACUGCAGUGCUCAUAUAUUGUGACUUUGUAAUACUGAUGAUACAUGAAACAAAAAUACCAAAA